AUGCACAUACCCGCUGCAACUUUCACGGUCAAUGCCCACCCGACAGCCUCACUGAGCCUCUUUGCCUCUGAGGACGGCGCACAGCCCGGCGCCGGGUACGAAAAGUGGUCGUCUUUCAUCGGCAUUGUUGCGGCGGUUGUCGGGAAUCUCCUCAUCUCCUUUGCUCUGAACACCCAGAGAUACGCACACAUCCUGAUAGACCGCGAGUACUCCGAAUCCAGGAAAUCGUUUGCGAAUGGCCACGCUGCUUCUGGGCGUGGACCGGGCUUUGCCAAUGAACAGGAAGAAAUCGCAGAGGAGCGGAGGAGAAGAAAUCUCGAAAUAUCCGGUCGCAAAAGGAGUAUAGAUGAAGCAACGGAUGGAUCAGCGCAACGUUCCUCCGAGGAGACAUUACAACCUUCUCUGGAACCUACCCGACACGACCAUCGCCGCGAGAAAGACUCGGCCAACGAUGCUGAGAGAGCAUCCUACCUCAAGUCGCCAUACUGGUGGCUUGGUCUGGUGAUGAUGAUCAUAGGCGAGGCGGGCAACUUUCUUGCCUAUGGCUUUGCUCCCGCGUCCAUUGUCAGUCCGCUAGGGGUUGUCGCCUUGAUUUCGAAUUGUCUGAUUGCCCCGCUCAUGCUCAAGGAACGGUUCCGACGACGUGAUUUGUACGGAGUAUUGGUUGCUAUUGCCGGCGCUGUCACCGUUGUGUUGUCUGCCCAAACCAGUGAGGCCAAAUUUGGGCCCGGUGAACUGUGGAAGACCAUAAAGAGAUGGGAAUUCCUCCUCUACGUGAUCAUCACGCUGUUGCUUAUCGGGGCUCUGAUGUACGCAGAGCCACGACAUGGCCGCAAGACCAUACUUGUCGACCUUGGUCUGGUGGCGCUGUGUGGAGGCUAUACCGUCCUAUCCACCAAAGGCGUUUCGUCACUUUUGUCUGUGUCCCUUUACAAAGCGUUUACCUAUGCCAUUUUCUACUUCCUCGUGUUUGUUCUCGUUGGCUCGGCGCUUCUGCAGAUUCGCUAUCUCAAUCGAGCCUUACAGCACUACGAUUCGACGCAGGUUAUACCGACUCAAUUUGUUCUUUUCACUCUUUCUGUCAUCAUCGGCUCCGCGGUGCUGUACCGAGAUUUUGAACAUACGACAUCGGAGCAGGCAAUCAAAUUUGUCAUUGGAUGUCUCUUGACCUUCUUUGGCGUAUACCUCAUCACGAGCCAGCGGCAUGAGAUAGGUGAAACUGAAGAAACAUCUAGAGACGAGGAGGAGACGAUCCAGCUUCUUGACGAGGAAGGAGGGGACAUCGAUGAGCGGACACCAUUGACACGCGAUGCACCACAGCCACUGCGUGCACAGACGGACGGAUAUCCAGUGGUUUCCAGUUCAGAGCAGGCUCAAUCUGCAACUACAAUGCCGCAAACGCCGCGACGAUUCUCAGAUGCAUCUUCAAUACUACCCUCAAUCUCAGUGACCCCUGCAGAGCCGGCGGAAGACUUCAUUUCUAACCCCUGGCUUUCCUCCACUGAGCAAAUCGACGCUUCACAGCCGCCUCUGACACCUCGAAUUAGUGGAGCCUACGAGGAAUCAACACCCUUUUACACCCCGGCCACAUCAAGACCAUUUCAACGAUCCAGCUCGUCCCCUGCUGAGGCGGAAACACCUUCAAAACCGUCGGAUUCUCCUCGACCUCCCAGCCCAGACCGCUCUGUAAGACCUACCCUAGAUGACAACUCUCCUGUUCCCAGCUUCCUCGCCCGUGGCUCCAGGGGAAGUAUCUCGCGCCUUAUUCCCGUCCCAGGCCCGCUCUUGCCACCCCUCUCGAACUCGCUCAGCGCCUUGGUGGCAGAUUCGUUGCUGAAAGGCGAGGGAGCACCCCACUCCGUGCGGGCUGCACUUCGCCGAUCCCGUUCUGGGCGACACUCCAUCGACGAUCGACGACGAACCGUUGCUGUGACCGAGGACACUGACGGAUUCGACCCAUUAGCAGCGUUGAACAUGCACUGGCAGAAUCGUAGUGCCGACAGCGCUCAAGAUCUCAGCCGCGCCCAGACGCAUGAGGCCAGACCGGUAGGGCCUGAUGGAGGUGAUGGAGUCGAGCCUGAUCUGGCCGUCGACGGAGAGAGUGAUAUUGGCAAGAGGAAGACCAGAUUACGGGCGUUGAGCGAGACCUUGAGUGGGAUGAUGAGUCGUCGCACUUCCGGUCGGAAGCGGAAGGAAAGCCAUGACCAAGGAAAGGAUGGCCGAAUGUUUCGAACCGAACCAGCUGGUGAUGGCGGUGACGAUGACACCAGGGACAGUGCAGCAGACAGAUAA